AUGAUCCCUGACUAUUUAAGUGAUGCUCAUUACCUGGAACUUGAGACUUUCAGUAAUUACAUUGACUCCUUUUUACGCCAGUUCUCCCUUGCGCGCUUCGAAUCAGCUCUCCUGGCUCAGACAUGUGGAAUCACUUGCGCCAUCAUCGUUUCCAAAAGCGUCUCUCCGGCAGCUGCAAAGCCAAAUCGUCCUAGAUGCUUGCCAAGUCUGUUAUCUGAGGGGUCGCGGAAGGGCAUCUGGGUUGAGCUGCAUAUAUUGACCGCCUCUUCCGAAGAUUCUUCUCACUACCGCUCCGAGGGCGUGAUGAUGCAGAUUCACACAUUUGCAAAGUCCAUCAUGUCACCGACUUUAUCAUCGUUACGGAAGACGUCGACAAUCAAUUUCGAAGCCUCUCGUCUGGUCAUCCUAGCAAGAACUCAGGUCACCCCGAUGAUUCCCUUUUGGCCUUUUAUGCAGCCACUGGGCUUUGGGAAGCCACCGACCCGAGCCACCGUGGUUGUCGUCUCGGCCACCCUUGUAUCUUAUGGGAGCUGCGUAGACUGGAGUCCCGAUCACAUCUUCUGUGUCGAACUGGACUCUGACGAUGAGAGACAAGCGUUCCCGGCAUGUGCCGAAUGCGGUGUACUCAUUGAGAUCCAAGGGCUCAUUCUUGCCAACCGAAGACUCUUGGAUGACGGGACCCAAGUUUCUACGGACGAGGACUUUCGCAUCGUGCAGAGGAGUCUUAGCGGAUACCUGCGGGCGUAUGAGCUGAGGAGGGAUGCCCACGUACGAGAUCUGAUAAAAGCAAAGAGUGGCUUGCUAAGGGAGGAGUUGCAAUAUGCCCAAAGUGGUAUUUCGCCGUCGAGACUCAAAGAUGAGGAAGUGGAAGAAAAUAGCUCAUAA